GACCAAAGUGGCAAAAGUUUCCGUUACCAUCAAGUUGAAAGAUAUCACUGCCUUUGUUGCAACCAAAUUCAAAGCCACAGGCGCGUCCAGAGGUAGUACCUGCUGCAUUACAUCCACCGAUGUUGGCAGCGUCACAAUCACAGUUGGGGCUUACAACGCAACGGGCAGAGGCAUUGGAAACAAGAAAGACCAAAAGGCCAAAGAUACCGAAGAUAAUUUGAUGGAUAGAGAA